CAAGAAAAUAUUACACCGCGGCACAGCUGCGCGCAAGAGUGUCGAGUCGAGAGACGAUUGACGCAUGCGCACUCAUUAGCCGAAUAUAUAGUCAGUAAACAAGAUUUUUUCUGGUUCGAUCGCGCGGAUUACGCACCUACGAGGUGGACAGGUAUAUCGCAAGAGUGCAUCGCGAUUCUGCCGCGUUUCCGCGCGAGCCCACGCGGAGUAAGAUGAUACCGACGACGUCGCUCGGAGUCUCGUGAUACACAAAUAUUCACGGUCUGUUGGUAUGCGGUGACGUUAUCCAAGAUCGUUCUAGAAGAAUUUCGCAAGACAAUAAUGGCGGAUUUGUACGCUAAGUACAACUGCACCUAUUGUCAAGAAGACAUCGUGGGUCUGCGUGUCAAAUGCAUUGUGUGCCCCGAAUUUGACCUUUGCUUGCAGUGUUUUUCUGCUGGUGCUGAAAUUGGUCAGCACAAAAAUGAUCAUGCUUAUCAGUUUAUGGACUCUGGUACCAUCAGUAUAUUUAAUGGCCGUGGUAAUUGGACAGCUAGGGAACAACUUAGACUUCUGGAUGCUAUCGAACAAUUUGGAUUUGGAAAUUGGGAGGACAUUAGUAAACAUAUUGAAACACGUACACCAGAAGAGGCAAAAGAAGAGUACAUUGCCAGAUAUCUCAAUGGUAACAUAGGGAAGCAUACGUGGCCACCUACGGAGAGUUAUAUACCAAAUCUCACGGAUCAAACCAAGUCCGAUAAUGGUCCUCUAUCGCCUGAUCUCACAUCCAGAUUACCACCGUUGGAUAUUACUCGUGAAGAGGCCGAUCAAUUGGGUUACAUGCCUCAACGAGAUGACUUUGAGAGAGAUUACAACCAUGAGGCCGAAUCUCUUGUUUCUUCAUUAUUCUUGAAUCCUGCCGAUGAAGAUGAUGAUCUCGAUAUCGCACUUAAACUGGCACAAGUUGAUAUGUACACUAAUAAUUUGAGAGAGCGGGCCAGACGAAAACGCGUCGUUAGAGAUUAUCAACUUGUGUCGGCUUUCUUCUCGUCAUCGAGGAAAGAUAAAGGAAUAAAAAAGAAACGGACGAAAGAAGAAAAAGAAUUUAGGGACAGAAUGCGAGUAUUCGCACAGUUUUACACAGCACAAGAGCACGAACAGUUCCUAACAAAUCUCGAGAGAGAGAGAGAAUUGCGCUUACGACUCUCGGAGCUCUACCGGUAUCGUGAGAACGGCAUCACGAGACACGAGGAAUGCGCCCACUUCGAGCAAGUUCUCGCACAAACUCAAAAACCAAACGACACGGUAGAUCAUUGGGCCGAGAAAAAAUCUGGCAGCAGUGGGCCGUCCACACUAAUACACCGUCACACCUCAAAAAGAAGAGAAGAAGAAAAAAGUUACUCUUCCAUCGACCGAAAAUACACUAUAAAGCAAGACUUGCCCAGCAACUUCACUGUAAGUCAAACCAAUCACAAUCGGACGACGACUCCAGCCAGUCAGUGGGUGGAGCCGGAUAGCAAUCCAAACGCUCAGCCAGGUUCCAGUCCCAGUUCCUCGCAAGACAAGGGUUGCACCGGUAGUGUGAUACAGGAGCGAGACAUAGAAUUGGAGGCUGCAUCACAUCUUUUAACGAAACAAGAAAAAUCCUUGUGUAUUCAACUUGAUUUAAAACCGACACAGUAUUUAACACAAAAGACAUUAUUGUUACAAGAAUAUUUAAACGGUAAUAGACGAUCAAGUAUCAUACCUCAGUCAGAACCAGAGAGCAGAAUUCUUCACUAUUUAGUAGCCAACGGUUGGAUCGCAGCUAACUGAAAGUACAGAAUUUACGAUCACUUCACUCUAAGUCAUCUUUAAUCUUGUCCUAGGUAUAACUGGAGUUCCAGUCUAAUAGAAAUAAUACGUAGAAUAAAUAGAUAAAGAGAAAGAGCGUGAACGAACGA